AUUCCAAUGCCAAAAUAUAUACUCCUAUAUACACGAAACAGAGCUUAUCCAUAAUAAAACACCCACAUUCUUUAUUCAAAAAAAAAAAAAAAAACUCAAUGAUUUAUUAACCCUUAUAAAGAUCUCAUUGUAAUCCUUAUAAAAUGUUGUAUAGCCAGAAGGACCAAAACCCAAAAUCAGCAUCAUUAUUGGCUCACGCAUUUCAACCAUAAGAAAGACCAAUCCUUAUGGUUCAUGCACCUAACAGUUGAAAAGAACUUCAACAACACCAAACAAAACUGUUUCAAAGACUGCUAGUGGUCGGAAUAGCUUCUUCUUCUUUGGUAAAGGAGGAGGAGGAGGGGAUAAAAGAGUUAAUCCCGUGAUUAGUUCUCCCGAUGAGGCGGAAUUAGAGUUGGAGGAAUCCGAUGUUUGGAACUCCGGGGACGGCUCUGUUUUCUCUGAUCAUCAGAUGCAAGCCGGCCGGAGAUCCUCCGUGGCCAACAACGGUUCCUCGCGUGGAUUGAAAAAACCCAACAAGAAGCCAAUCAGUGGCGGCAUUAGUGCUAACUUCGCCGGCGGGCAAAGGGGGCCGGCGAAUAAUAUGGUGGCCACGUCGUUGCCGGUGAACAUACCGGACUGGUCGAGAAUUCUCGGGGAAGAAUACAGAGAGCAUAAAAGAGAAAGCGAGGAUGACGUGGACGACGACGACGAUGAGGAUCAGGAAGACGAUUACGGGAGGUUACCGCCGCAUGAGUAUUUGGCCAGAAUCAGAGGGUCUUCGUUUUCAGUGCACGAAGGUGUCGGAAGGACGCUGAAAGGCAGAGACCUGAGUCGGGUCAGAAACGCGGUUUGGAAGCAGACAGGUUUUGAAGACUAGCAUUGUUAUUAUUGUGAUCAGGUUUGGUAGGAAAAUUUAAUUAUUGGAGUAGUAAUUAUUAGUAAAAUAGUUGAGUUUAGCAAUGUUCAGUUUUCUUUUCUUUUUCUUUUUCGGAAUCCUAAGUCGGAGAUGGAAGGUAAAAUCAGUAGAUCGUUUCAGAUUUUGAACGGCGAUCUACGGCGCUGUUAGUAUUGUUUAGUUCUUUCGCUCUUUUUUUUCGGGUUUUAAGGACGUAUUAUUGUGUCUUCUCAUCUGAGCCCACUUUUGAAUCCUUCAAUUUUGGGGACUUUUUUGCUGGUAGUUUCAGUUCAGAGGAUUCAAAAAAUUAGGAGCUCUCUCUGUAUUGUAAUUUCAUUUUUUUUAAUUAACUAAUGUAUUUUGUUUUAGACUUUUAGUUUGAGUGUGUUUGAUGGACGGCAAUUAUUGACAAAACUCUUGACCUUUAAACUGGU